CAAACGUACGUCCAACCGGCUCAACCUCAAGUAGUAACCUAUCAGCAGCCUCAACAUGUGGUUUACCAAAGGCCUCAACAGAUGGUGUACUACCAGCAGCAACCCCAACAGCCAGUAUUCUCAAUAUCCCCAGUAUUAUCAGCAGCCUCAGUACAUUAGCGGCCAACAACCUUACUCGUACUCCACCGGUAGACCAAGUUCUAGUCUAUCAGACGCUUUGUUUGGAGGGGGAAGUGGAGGAGGAAGUAGUUCCCUCAGCAGUCCAGUAUCGUCUGCCCUGGGAGCGGCUGGAGCGUUGGGAGCCUUAGGUACCUUGGGAGCGUUGGGCACGUUGGGUGCAGGUGCAUUGUUAUUUGGAUAA